GUUGUUUUUUGUUGUUAAUAAUCGACUUUUUUUUCAUCAUUCUCGAUAGUUCUCGUUAAAUGAUGAUAUUUAUGCAAUUUUCGAUAAGUGUUAGAAUUGAAUGUACAAAAAAGUUCUACAAUAUUUACAAAUUAUCUGUCUAUUAAUUAUGUAUCUAUUUGUUUUUUAUCAAACUUAUAUUUUACAUCACUAAACAGUUAUUUAUCAUGAAAUAUUGUAUCAAUGCACUUGAUUGAUUUCAAUUUGAUUCGACACUUAUUUAAUCUAAAAAAAAUAAAAAAGAUCGUAUAUGAGUAUAAUUAUACUUACAAACAAUUAACAUAAAUUAUGAGAAAACCAGAUGUAAAGUUUAUCCGAAUAACACGCUGGACAUUUUUCGUACCACUCGUUAUUUAUAUUAGUCUAUUAUAUAUAAAAUAUAAUAAGAAUUUAAAAUUAAAAAGUUCAAAUAAAAUUGAUGAAGAUUUGGAAAUACAAAGAUUGUUAACAGAAUUAGAAACAGCAACAAUAAAGACUAUUGAUAAGGGUGUUAAUUUUGAUAGUUUGCCAAAAAUUACUAAUAUUGAAUCUGAAAAAACAAGUAAUCCAAAAUUAUUGCUCGAAAGUAUUUUCUUUAAAGUUGAUCACAAUAAAAAUCAAGAGCUGGAUAUCCAAGAAUUAGCUAAAUGGAUAUAUAUGAAAAUUACAGAACAUCUUGAGAGUGCUCCACAAAAUAAUAUUAUUUUAUUUACCCAGAUUGACAAUAAUCCCAGAAAUGGUGAUAUAUCUUGGGAUGAAUAUCACGCGUAUUUUUUACGAUCACAUGGACUUUCUGAAAAUUAUAUUAAUUUUCACAAUAAAAAACAUUCAGAUUUGCCUAAAUCUUUAAAAGAAAGUAUUAUGCGAGACCGAGCUAGGUGGACUGAAACUGCGAGAAAUGAUCCAGAGAGAUUAACUUUAGAUGAAUUUCUAGCUUUUACCCAUCCUGAAAGCAGUCAUCGCGCUCUUUUACAAAUGGUUGAAGAUCUUUUCGAAAAAUUCGAAUUAGAUCGAGAUGGUGAUGAACAAUUGACUGAAGAUGAAUUCGCAGAUCUACCGUCCGAUGGUUUAGGUCUUGAUCUUCAAGAAGAAAAACUAUCAACUGUCAAAGGUAGUGACGGUCGUAGACAAGAAUUUCGUUUUUUAAUUGAUCGAAAUAAGGAUGGAAAGGCUGACAGAACAGAGCUUUUGAUGUAUAUAGAUCCGAGAAAUCCACAUCAUGCAAUUCGAGAGGCACAGCAUUUGAUAGAAGUUGCUGACAUAAACCAAAAUAAUAAGUUAAGUCUAUCAGAAAUUUUAAGUAAAGCGGAUUUAUUUUUAGAAAGUAAAAUGGUAGAUACUGAAAAAAGUUUUCAUGACGAAUUUCGAUAAAUGCAUCUUUAAUACCUAUGAGUUAAAUCAAAUAAUACAUAUGUUUUGUUAUAUCUUUUUACAUAGAUUUAUUGAUGUACAGGAAAUUUAUUAAUAAUUGAUUUAACUAAAUUUUAGUGAUAGUAUCUGUGAUAGUCAUAAUAAAAGACAUAGAGAAAUAAUUAUAAAUUCAAACUUUAA